GCUUCACUCCAGGUCUUGGGGGAUUGUUGCGUGGUGUCCUCUCUGUACUUCACUCCAGCGGUGCUGUGGUGGUUGUGGCUCAGUGAAGCAGCUCUUGUUGUGGAGCUGCCUGUGUGGAUGCUGCAGGAUGAAGUGUGUGUGUUUGAACUUUGCCUUCACCGUCACCUGUCUGUGGCUUCUCCCUCCAGCGGUCCAAGAAACAGUGAAUCCCUUGGACCAACAAUGGAAGGAGGAGAAAGGAGGAAGAGAAGACGCUGUGGGAGCUGCACUGAAGGUGAAACACAUCUCCAAAGAUCUACAGAUCAUCUCCACCAAACACAAAACACCUGCUUACAGCUCGCUCGGCCCGUACGGCUGGCCGCAGAACUUCUCCCAAGCCCUGGAUCAGUAUCUGCACCGCCCUGCUCCCAGAUCUCCUGCGAAAACAUCCACAAAGGCCAAGAAGAUCCUGGGCUGGGGUGAUUUUUACUUCAACGUGAAAACAGUCAAGUUCAGCCUCCUGGUGACUGGGAAAAUCGUGGACCACAUCAACGGGACUUUCAGCGUCUACUUCCGCCACAACUCCUCCCGUUUGGGGAACAUAUCUGUCAGCAUCGUUCCGCCCUCCAAAGCUGUGGGUUGGGAAGUUCUGCAUCCUGUGACUCAGAGCGCUCACACCAAAAACUCAGUCCUGGUUCCGGAAGUGACGCCCUCGUACCAGAGCCUGCCUCAAUCCACCAGCUCCGCCCCUCCUGACCAGCAGAAGCAGCAGCCGGACAUGAUGAUGGUGACCGAACUCAACUGCAGGAUUGAGUACCAGAGAACCAACCGGUCUAAGAAGACCAAGCCCUGCCUAUACAACCCGGGGCAGACGUGCUACUCAGAGAACACCCAGUCACAGGCAGCCUGGAUCUGCGCCAAACCCUUUAAAGUUAUAUGCAUCUUCAUCGCCUUCACCGGCACCGACUACAGGCUGGUGCAGAAAAUCUGUCCAGACCACAACUUUCAGAUGGAGCAGAACCAGCAGCACUUUGGAUGA